GGACAAUUCCCACGUUUUGUUUAGACCCACUUGCUCAGCGGCCGCCAUUUCUGCGUGGUGUUUACAGAUUCAGUGGUUCGAUGCAGAUCUAUGUCUAUGGUCCAGAUAAACAGAAAGCAAACCACAAACAAAUGAACAGAGACAAGGAAGAGACGCGGACUCUUGGCUUACGGGGCUUACCCUUUCGCUCUGCCGAUAGGGAAGAACGCCUAGCGGGGUUUCAAACCAAAAAUAUAACAAUGUCCGACGAACUGUUGACCAGGGAGAAUAAAUUUUACGAAUUAAACGGCGAGUUGGAAAGAAAAACUAGGGAGCUUAUGAGGGAAGUCAAUUCCGUCGUUAGCACGUCGCGGUUAUUCGACGGCGAGGCGGCUUACGAACGUCUAGUUAAUAAUUCAAAGUCGAAAAAUGGGGAGCGGGAUAAAUCCUUAAAACAGGUCGUUGAUUCUGUGUCACGAGACUCAGAGUCUGACGCAGGUUUGCCGCGCUUCUUGAGCAGAUCAAAAAAGAUUAAAGAUACCCCUGACAAUGGAAGUUACGAGGAAAGUUGUGAGAAGCGCAACGACGCUGUGGUUAGAUUUUUCAAAUCAAAGGCAAAAAUCCUAGAGAGCGAACUCGAGGCCAUCAAGCUAGAAUAUAAGAAAAAGUGUGAUUACAGCAGCGAGCUUCAAGCGGAGAAUAAAAAACUAGACGAGGAAAGGGUCAAGUUUUGUGGUCAAGUUACAUCGCUGCGAGAAAAUCUCGGGAAAAUUGAAGCCACCAACAGCACACAACUUGCAAAUCUGCAAAAAAGUGAGAAUGAGAAUGUUUCGUUAAAAAAGGAGCUCGAUGCAUUGAAAAAAGAAUUGAAAGCAACCAGUCAAAGUUUGAGUAGCUACACCAUAAGACUGAAUCGAUCUACGGAGGAGAAUGAAAGACUUUCCAAAGCAUUGAAGAGCAGUAGACUGAAGGAAAAGGAAUUGAGAGAAGAUAAUCGAAAAUUGGAGGAGGAAAAGAAAGCAGCGAUAGUAAACCUAGAAAAACAACGAUCAGAGCUACUGCAUGCUUUCAAAAAGCAAAUGUUGUUAGUGGAUAAUCUCAAGAAGCAAAAGGCACACCUGGAAGCAAACAUACUGAUUAAAUACACAGAGGAAGAAUUACUGAAGUUAUUAGAUUGGAAAUUGGACGACGUUUGAAAUAAACUUAAAAUCUAUGUAACAAUAAGCAAAAAUCGCAUUACAUAUAUCCUCAAUUCAAAGGCUGAGUGUUUCAUUCCAUGAAUUUUCCAUCAAGUGAGAGAAAUGACAAGACUUUGUAACAUGUACAAUUAAGUUCAAAGGCAAAAAUGAUUGCAAAUAAUUGCAAAUUACCGACUCGGUGGAAGUACUUUUCAUUGGAAAACAGUAUAUAUGUAUUCUUGUUCACGUUAUACAGCCCAUAAAAUGGAUUACACAUAAUUAAUAGUAUUACUGAAUAGAAAAAAUUAUCAUUAUAAAUGACAUAUCCAAAUAUAAUUAGUCGCAAUAUACAUUUUUUUCAACUUUUUCAAUUUUUACUCAUAUGUCUGGCUGAUCGUUCAUUUUUACGAUUUACCCCAUUCUCAUUUUGUUUAUUUCUCUGAGUUUUGUAUUAUUGAUUCAUUUUUUUUUUUAACCCUUUAACAUCAUUAUUGUUAUUAUAUAGUAUAUCACUUGAGAAUUGUCUGGUGAACGUGUCGAUAUGAUUACUUUUUAUCAUUUUAAUUUUUUUUAAUAUGUCUAUAUGUAUAUGUAUAAUAUCAUUAAUAUUUACACUGCGUGGUCGACACGUUCCAAUUAUUCACCAAAAGAUUUUUUUUUACUGUUGAUACACCAAUCUUCUCAACGAAAUUUUCUCUCAAUAAUUUUACGUGACAAGAAGUGCAAAUUGAGAAUAAUAAAAGAUACCCUCCUCCUAAUACAAUAAUACCUAGCACAGAGAAAAUUCAAUGGAUUUAGGGGAAAAAAUUGAGCGUAAAAAAUUAUUCCAAUAUACUUUUCACUUGUAAUUGUUUCUCUUCAUUAUCCUUUUGACUGGUUAUAAAAAUGUAGAAUGGAAACAAAAAAUAUAUAAUCACAAUGAUAAAAGCAGAGAAAAGUAAAGACAGUGAAUGAGAGGUGAAAACAAUUCAACAGUUUCUUAUUGUGGUAAUGAUCUGAUUAUUUUUUGAGAUAAUCUGAGCAGCCUGAGAAAUGGAUGAACAAAUGAAUGAAGGAAUCAAUGAAUGACGAUUAUUAUUAUCUUAAUAAAAAAUUCCGAGGAUCUGUUAAUAGCGGCUUAAUUAAUAUUAUAGUAGUUUCAUAGUAGGCUAAUAAAUACCGAAAGCUUCGUACACAUUGUUGUGAGCUUAUAGUAUAUGUAUGAAUAGUUUUUGCGGUGAUGUUGAUGUAUCAUUCGAUUAUUAUUGCAGAAAAAAAAACGAAAAGGAAAACCCAUUUUAACAUUAUCUACUUCAUGUUUUCAUCGCAAAUGAAAUCACGCAUACUUCUAUAAUUUUACCUUCUAAAUUGCCGUCAUCGAUCAUUAAAAUAUUCAAUGCUUUUUUUAUACUUCUUACCCUCGUUUUUCAUCUUACAUCUUAUGCCUCCCGACUUUUAGCGACAUAUUCCAAAUAUAAUUUUUCAGCUUUUCAAUAAAAUAAAAUAUAUUUUGUACGUAGAAUUCUAUUCUUUUCUUUACCCCUGUGUUUUGUCAGUUUAAAUAAUACGGCGCAUCGCAGUAUUAACUAAUCCCAUGGACUUAGUGCUGUGUACACACCAUUCAUUUUUACAUUCCUCAAUUUUCAGUUAUCUCACGUUCAAGUAUGGUUAAACAAUUGAGAAUAUUCUUAUUAAUUUAACUAGAUCAAAUCAAAUAUUAUUUCAUUGACGACCCAAAUUGUACCUGCUAUGUUACCUACUUACAUAUCAUCCUAAAAAUUGAAUCUAACUACCGCGUAUCGUUUAAUUAUGGUUGCAAAUUACGAUAAAACAUCAGUGCGUACUUAUUUAUUUAUUUGCUAAGGACAUUUCUUUCUUUCUUCUCUCUUUCUGUUUCAUCGCCGUCUGGAUUAGAAUCUGAUAAAACGUCUCUAAAUCGUAUCUCGCAUGACUUCCAUUUGGAUUUUGCAAUACUUUCCAUUUCCCCAGAACAGGCGAAAUUCGAUUACAAUCCAACAACUUCCUCACAAAAAUCUUAUCACGGUCCUUAAGCAUUACACGAUGAUCAUAAUGAAACGAAAGAAAAACCAUCGCAAAAUAAAGAUAAAUUUCUUUGCGCAACCCUAGAAGAUUAGAAAAAAAAAAUCACAAUAACAACAGGAGGAUUUGUGGCUAUUAAAAUUCGAAUACACUACAAUAAAAUAUUUUAUUAACAUUACGUAAUUAUCGAUCAAUCAAGAACAAACUAGAAUAAAAAUCAGAAAAAAAAUAAUUACAAUUAUGCCAAGAAAAUAUCUCUAAUCCUUCAUCUUGAAUAUGAUCCAUGAAGUUUUCUCAAACCAAAGAAGUUCACAUGUUUACCUUUUGGUGGAAAAAAAAAAAAAAAAAAAAAAAAAAGAAAA